CAAAUCUAGUUACUUAAAAUCGGAGAAGGCGAAGGCAGAAUUUUCGAGUACAAUUUAAAUCCGGUUCCGUUCACUUGGAAAGUGUUCGCUUAUAUUGGCCAUACAAAAAUUAGCAAACAAGCAGGAAAAAAACUCAUAACAUACACACAUUACACCCACUUGAAGGGACAGAAAAAGUCGAAGGAUAAGUGGCCAGUGAUUGGAUGAUAAGGCAGGACAACUGCCGAUUUCCUCGGAUCCUGGGCAGAAAAUUGGAGGACACAGCGCCAACAUGUCCACCGCCUUCCUGACACUAAUCGCCGUCAUUGUGUGCAUCCUUUUCCGGAUCCUGAAUGUCCACAGCCAGCCGCUGAAGCCGAGUGUUUGGUGCCUGGACGCCCAGUUUCUGGACUGCCUCUACAAAAUCGCACCCGUGCUUAGGGAACCCUACAUUCCACCACGUCUUUGGGGCUUCAGUGGUCAUGUCCAGACAGUUUUGCACAGCAUUGUGGGCCGGGUUCGCUGUCCUUGGCCCUUGGGGGAGCGCGUCUACAUGUCGCUUCCGGAUGGCUCCACGUUAACGUACGACUUGUACCAGCCACUCAACGAACAGGAGGAUGACAUCACUGUGGCCAUUUGCCCGGGCAUCGCCAAUAGCUCGGAGUCGGUGUACAUCCGCACCUUCGUGCACUUGGCCCAGUGCAAUGGAUACCGCUGUGCGGUGCUGAACCACAUUGGAGCCCUGCGCAGCGUCCAGGUGACUUCGACGCGCAUCUUUACCUAUGGCCACACGGAGGAUUUCGCGGCCAUGGUGGAGCACUUGCACCAGAAGUACCGCCAGAGCCGAAUGGUGGCGGUUGGUUUCAGUCUGGGCGGCAACUUGGUCACCAAGUACAUGGGCGAGGACCAGAAGACAAAGCCCAACAGCGUGAUUGGAGGCAUAUCCAUUUGCCAGGGCUACAAUGCCGUCGAGGGAACAAAAUGGCUGCUGAACUGGCAAAACUUCCGACGCUUCUACUUGUACAUCAUGACGGAGAACGUAAAGAGCAUUAUCCUCCGACACCGACAUGUUCUGCUAUCCGACGAGGUGAAGGCUCGGCACAACCUCAACGAGCGCGAGAUUAUCGCCGCUGCCACUCUGCCUGAGUUGGAUGAGGCCUACACCAGGCGAGUCUACAAUUUCCCCUCCACCCAGGAGCUGUACAAGUGGAGCUCGUCGCUGUUCUACUUUGAUUCGAUUAAGAAGCCCAUGAUAUUUAUAAACGCCAAGGAUGAUCCCUUGAUUCCAGAGGACUUGCUGCACCCUAUAAAGGAGUAUGCCACUACCAGGCAAAACACCGCCUAUGUAGAGGUGGCCCACGGCGGACAUCUGGGAUUCUAUGAGGGAGGUUUCCUGUACCCGAACCCGGUUACCUGGCUGGAUCGCACACUGGUGGCCAUGGUGGGGUCCCUGGUCAUGAUGCAGGACGUCGGCAAGGUGGCAUCUUAGGCCAUCAAACCAUUAGCACACACACAAAGUUAACAGACUAGUUAACGCUUUUGUGUCAAAAUUAAUUGUCGCUGACGGAUAUGAAUCUUUGAGGGCAACUCGGAAUCGAGCCUGAAGGACCCUACACACAUAGUUCUUAAAUAUUAUAUCGAUGUGACGCAAGUAAAAAUUAUCAGCCGCGCAAGCAGGAAAACAUAAAUUGAUGUAUACUUUUGCAAAGUGCAUUUAAAACAGAGAAAUUGCAGUUUUCGACAACGGUUUUUAUGCUUUUUAAUGACUUUUAGAAGAGCCAAACAUACAGUGUAUCAGUUGAACUUGUACCUUAGUUAGUUAACGCGAACCACAUGUAUCCAUGUACUUAUGUCUAAGCAAAUUCCUAUUUAUUAGCAUUUUACUUUGUGAUCUAACAGGUUUUAAUUAUGUAUAUUUUUAUAUGUGAAAUGUACAACACACUGCACACAAGGCACAAUAUAUACGAUAUAUGACAGUAA